AUGUCCUUAAUGCGAAAAAAAAAAGAAAAAAAAGAAAUAAAGAGUUUUGUGAAAAAUCAUUCAAAUUUGUUGAAAUACAUCAUUGCAGAUCUGGAAAAUUUCCAUAAGAAUUUAUGCGAGUUGGCUAUUUCCAAUUAUUCUGGGAAAAGAAUUGCAAAAAGCGACGAGGACGAAGUCGAAAUUGCGAAAUAAUGGUGAAGAGUCUUGCGAAGGCUACUUGCAAGGGGGAGGGGUGAGGCCGACUCUCGAAACUAUCCACGUUCGAGCAGCUGUCGUAUUAAUUAAACAAAUGAACGUGGCUGCCGGGCUUAUCGAACAUCAAAGACGAGAAAUCGCGAGUAGGAUGAAUGGUAGCCCGCUGCUAAGCCGGCUACAGUAG